AUGAGCCAUCACAGUUCUAUCAACGAUUUACCAUCAGAAGAGAAGAUGGGCCUACUGGACCAAAGACGGGGUUCGGAUGCCGCAACAGACGUCAGUGACAGCAGUACUGGUACUGCGACUGGCGCUGGUAUUGCCACAACUCCGGUCCAUACUGACGGCCAUCUUCAACUCGGUCUUUUAAGCCCUUCAGCUGAUUCCCUGAAAGCACCCUUUGGAUACAUUCGAUCAACGCCAUGGAGGAUUCUUGCCGUCCGCUUCCUUGUCUUUCUCACACCUAGCUUCUUGCAAGGCCGUCACGCUCGCGAGCAGAUAUGCCCGGCUAAGCUUGCUCCAACUGCCUACCUUGACGGCAUGCGCGGUCUAGCAGCACUCUUCGUCUUCUUUUGUCAUUACUUUUAUCAAGCAUUCACUAUCGCUGAGGGAUGGGGUUGUGGCGAGACCAACUACCACAUUCUCAAACUGCCAUUCCUUCGUCUAUGGUACCAAGGCCCUCCGGCCGUCUGUGUCUUCUUUGUCAUUUCUGGAUAUGCGUUAUCAUACCGACCUAUGAAACUAAUUCGAAACGGAGCUUGGCCUGAUUUCGCCAAUACCAUGAGCUCUUUAAUAUUUCGACGUGGAAUUCGUUUAUAUCUUCCUACUGCAAUCUCAACUUUUAUGAUUAUUUGUUUCUUGCGCAUCGGCGCAUACGAAUGGACUCGAGAUUUUGCCAACGACCGAAAGUACAUGAAAAACAUUGUAGAGCCACAUCCGGCCCGCAUGGAACAUGCAUAUGCUCAAUACAAAGAUUGGCUCUUACACAUGUUUAGAUUUCUCCAAGUGUUCAGCUGGGACAAAUUUGGCGGAACUUACGAUGUCCACUUAUGGACCAUUCCCGUUGAAUUCCGAUGCUCGCUGUACCUCUUUCUUACCAUUAUCGGCACUGCCCGCCUGCGUACUUCGGUAAGAUGGCUCACUGUUGUCUUCGUCAUGUUGGUUACCUAUCGCAACAGCCGAUGGGAACUUUUGCUAUUCUUUUGCGGGAUGCUCAUUGCUGAGAAUGAUCAUAUCCGUGGUGCGCACGUCCCGACAUCUAACCCAGCCCUACCGAUGGAAGAAAAGCCUCGCUCGACCAAAACCAAGCUGUGGCCCAUCUUCUGGGCCCUAUUCAGCAUUCUUGGCUUGUACUUGAUGUGUCAGCCGGAUGGUCGUGGUGAGAUUACCCCUGGAUGGAGAUGGCUAUCCUCCCUCAUACCUAAGUGGUGGAAGGAAGAAAGGUACCGCUAUUGGCAGUCGACUGGUGCCGUCAUUUUCAUCAUUGCUGUGAGCCAUUCGCCUCGAUGGCAACGCUUCUUCAACUUGCCAGUGGUUCAGUACUUUGGCAAGAUCUCAUACGCCCUCUACCUUAUGCAUGGACCAGCCAUGCACGUUGUUGGCUACCACUUUGAGAAGUGGGCAUACGGCCUGACUGGAGUGCAAGGCUACUGGUACAAUGCCGGAUUCGUCCUGGGGGCGUGCUUUUGUAUUCCCACGGUCGUGUGGUGGGCGGAUAUCUUCUGGAGAGCGGUUGACAUUCCUACUGUCAAGUUUGCCAAGUGGUUCGAGAGCAAAGUGAUUGCCAAACAGUGA